AUGCAACGAUACCACGAGAUUCAGUUGCUAGGAAAAAGCCAGUGGGCAACGUGGCAGCCCAUUAAAGAACACCCUUCUACCGAUAUUAAACCUAUUUUUGUUGAAGGCCACCAGGAAAACACAUCGGGGGACACGGAACAAAGACGUCCUAAUUUCUGCCUAAUCACAAUCGGAGAGACAGGAGGUAUUAUGAGCCUUGCAAGCAUCGUCAAAGCCCACCUCAAGAGUAAUCAGGCCUAUCAGGCAACCUUACAAGACCUUCGGUCGACACAUGAGAAGGAAAAGGGACCUGUCCUGUACAACACCCCCCUCUCGUAUCGCGAGCUUACCGACAAAGAAUACGAUUAUUUGAAUACCUGGAUAGUAGAGCUACAAGACAGAGAGAAUGAUAAUAAGAUCAGGGAGGCUUGUAACAAAGGGCUUUAUAACUUUUUAAGGCGUGCGGACUCGCAGGGCGAGGAAACGGAUUCACGCAAGAGGAAGCGCUGA